UCCAAGCCAGCCUUGGCUACAUAGUGAGACCCUGUCCCUGUCUCAAAGCCCAAUAAUAAUAAUGAACGAUAAUAAUUUGUCAAGUAGUAUAGUGUGUGUGUGGCUUGUGAUAGGGCUCAGAGGGUACAGGCGAUUGCUGCCAAGUCUGAUGACGUGACUUCGAUCUCCGGGAUCCACAAGGUGGAAGAAGAGAACCGGACUCUCACAAGUUGUGCUCUGACCUCUACACACUUUGAAUGAGUGUGAUAGGUUUUUAGACGAUGUGUUACACCGGGAAGCAGAAUGCAAAUAAUUUGCUCACCCUUCUACUCCCACCUGACCCCGGCACUAAGCCUUUUUUGUUUGUUUGUUUGUUUUGAAAGUGCGGGAAAGAAGAAACCCAUGAAUGCACCUCUUAGUGACCCAACUUCAGGCCAGGUCAAGGGAUAGGAAAGAGAUUUACUUGGUUUAAAGACUCACUGGAGAGAGAUUAGGGGAGGUGUGGGGCGGGGAGGGCGGAGAGGGAUGGAACCAAGGCGGUGAGGGUAUGGAACCUUCCUGACCCCGCGGCAGGAGGAUGGCUGCUUUUGCCCGCCUGCUGGAGCGUCUCGGGUGGUCUGCUAGAGCUCAAAAAGCAGCGGAGCAGGAGACAGAGGCGGAGCGCCGGGUCCCCGGCGAGCCUGCGGGUCUCCUGACUGCGCCCCGAUGCUCCCAGAGGCUACUCGCGGGGGCGGCGACAGCACCCGGCCUGCGUUUCGGGGCGAGCGCGGUGCAGGGCUGGCGCGCGCGCAUGGAGGACGCGCACUGCGCUCGGCUGACUUUGCCCGGGCUGCCGUCGGGCUGGGCUUUUUUCGCAGUCCUGGAUGGCCACGGCGGAGCGCGGGCUGCGCGCUUCGGAGCGCGCCACCUCCCAGGUCACGUGCUAGGUGAACUGGGUCCCGCGCCCCGGGAGCCCGAGGACGUGCGCCAGGCUCUGCGCAGCGCCUUCCUCCGCGCGGACGCGCAUCUGCGCGCGCUCUGGCCCCGCAGCGACCCCGGCGGCUCGACGGCAGUGGCCUUGCUCGUGUCCCCGCGCUUUCUCUAUCUGGCGCACUGCGGGGACUCGCGCGCGCUGCUGAGUCGCUCGGGAUCCAUGGCUUUCUGCACCGAGGACCACCGUCCCCACCGGCCUCGGGAACGCGAGCGCAUCCACGACGCUGGUGGCACCGUCCGUCGCCGGCGCGUUGAGGGCUCCCUGGCCGUAUCCCGAGCCCUAGGCGACUUCGCUUACAAGCAGGCGGCCGGGAGGCCUCCAGAGCUGCAGCUCGUGUCCGCUGAGCCCGAGGUGGCUGCACUGGCACGCCAAGCCGAAGAUGAGUUCGUGCUCCUGGCCUCCGAUGGCGUGUGGGACGCUCUGUCUGGUGCCGACCUGGCGGGGCUGGUGGCGUCGCGCCUCCGUCUGGGCUUGGCGCCGGAACAGCUCUGUGCCCAGCUGUUGGACACGUGCCUGUGCAAGGGAAGUCUGGAUAACAUGACUUGCAUGGUGGUCUGCUUCCCAGGGGCCCCCGGGCCUUGUGAAGAGGCAAUCCAGAGGGAGACGGCCUUGGACGCAGCUCUGAGCCACAAAGUUGCCGAGCUGUAUUUGUCCGCCCAGGAACCCCCAUGCCUAAACACGGUUUUCAGGACCCUGGAGUCGGAGGACAUCCCAGGCCUGCCUCCCGGAGGAGGGUUGCAUAGCAAGGCCGCUGUCAUUGCUGAAGCUUACUCUAGACUCUGUCGGACUCCGGGGGAGCCUCGAGAGUGGGUACCACCAGCGCCCAGUCAACCCUUGACCUGAACUCAGGUGUGACAGUGGCUGUCCCCCGGGGACCAUCUGCAUAGCUCAGGGGGAAACCUAUGCUUCCUUACCAUGACAGGCAGAGGAAGGAAGACCAGCCAUGCAGGAACCUAGAAUCUUCAUUUCCCCUUCUCCUACUUCCCCCACGCAAGAGUCUCAUGAGGGGGGAACUCCACCAUUACCCAGCAGGGAAAAAAAAAAAAAAAACACGCCAAGCAUGGUUCUUUUUCUCCUCCGCAACAUUUAAAGGCAAACAGAUCCUGAGUGGUCAGUGUGUAACAGCCUUCCUAUUUUUUUAACCUUGUCCACAUGGAGGCGAUAAGAGACCCGAACAUGAAAUUUGAAUCAAUAAAGCAAUUCCAAAUGUA